CCUACCUGGUCCGGACAAAAUGAUCCACUAUCAGGCAGUUGACGAAAACCUACCUGGUCCCGACAAAAUGAUCCACUAUCAGGCAGUUGACGAAAACCUACCUGGUCCCGACAAAAUGAUCCACUAUCAGGGAGUUGACGAAAACCUCCCUGGUCCCGACAAAAUGAUCCACUAUCAGGGAGUUGACGAAAACCUACCUCGUCCCGACAAAAUGAUAACUGUUCUCGCCAAAUUGAUUCAGUAUUUUGAUGAAAAUGUUCAACCAAAGACAAAGCUUGAUGUUCAGUAUUCAAUAGCGAUCCUUCUCUCAAAGGAACAGUGCACAGAUGAAAAUUUUUCUAUUGAGACUGUGCUCAGCAGAGCAAAUGCUGAAAAAGUAAAGAAAACAAUCACCGAUGGACAAAUAUUUACAGAAUUACCGAAUGUAAUUGCUGCAAGGCCAGAUCCCCAAAAUUCCAAAAACCAUUCUGAGUAUCGCCUGCUGUAUAAUAAUAAUAAUAGUUUUCCUGAUUCUCCUAUGGACAAACUGUUAAAAAAUGCUAAAGAAAAUAGCUGUGUGAUUUUUUAUACUUACAACUCACCGUGUGUAAAAAAGUGCAUUAAUGGUAAGAAGAAUAUUUUAGAGGGCCUUUCAAACUGGAAAAAUAAGCAUGAAUGCGGAAUAAAUGUUUUUGUUUAUCGAAAAGUCUGGCAUAAGGAUAUAAAUAAGAAUUUUUCAAAGGAAUUCAAAAAGAUUGAUGAAAAAGUGCCCCUAUAUUUUUGUCAUGAUAAUAAAAUUUUCAAAUGGAAUGAUAAUAAAAAUAUGAAACUGCCUGUCUGAGGUAAACAAAAUUUACCAAAUUCCUUGUAUUAAUUAAACUGAUUUAAGCUUUUUUUGCUUAUUAAAGAAAUCAAUCAUAAUUUAUAUAUAUAUAUAUAUAUAUAUAUAGUAUUUCUUUUACUCAUUCACUUAUUUUACUUUGUUGAAUUAC